CCUCCAUCCCGCAACAAUGGUAUUGUUCUCCUCUGACCCCCCACACACCCCACGUCUCUAUCUCUUACUCCAAGAAACAAUACAACACGAAAAAAGUUAAAUAGCUCUCUGAAACAUUCACCAAUUAAUCAUCGAAGCAAAAACCACAAACACAAGCACACAAAAUGUCUCAGCAAACAAAUAACAACGACGUCGACAGAGCUGUCCCAGCUCCCAACACUAACCUAAACCGGGUAACAGCCCAAUUCCCACUCCCGCCUUUCUUGUUAACCACUCUGCAAGGCAUCUCCUUUGCUCGGGCACCAGGCACUAUCCUGCAUCCCGAUGCUUUAGCGGCCUCGGCGCUACCGUCCAUUGCUGAGGUAGCCUACACCCACAAUCCGCACCCACAUACGGAACAAGAACCCGGCACCCGUCCAGCAAGUCCAGCAAGUCCAUCAAGUCCAUCAAGUCCAGCAAUUCCAGCAACUCCAGCAACUGCAGCAACUGCAGCAACUGCAGCAGCAGAACCACCAGUCGUCCUUUUCAGAAGAGACCCCCUGAUCCCGACCCCCCUCCAACAAAGCCGCGACCACAAAUGCCCGCACUGCCUCUGGUCCUUCGCCUCUGCAUGGGAGCUAAGACGGCACUUACUCAGCAUCCACGGCAUCGCGCCCGAGACUCCAGAGCCAAAUGUCCGAAAACACAAAUGCCCCGUCGAGAACUGCGCCCGCUCAUUCGACUGGCUGCCCGAAUUAACCCGGCACCGGCUCUCCGCGCACAACCUCGAACCGCCGCCUCCGACCGAGGAGGAGAUCGCGAAGCAGAAGGAGAGGGAGGAGGAGUUGAAGGAAUGGGUAGCAGGCAGAGGAGAGAGGAGAGAGGCCGCUAUACGGAGGUUGGAGGCGAAGGGGAUAUUCACGUGUCGGUUGGACAAUUGUCGGAAGAGUUUUAGUUCGGAGAAGGGGAGGGCGCACCAUGAGAAAAUGGCUAGGGAUGGAAGGGGGAUUAAGGGACAUAGGAAGAAGUAG